AUGAGAGUCAAUAUUUUAAAAUAUGUUCUUUUUUCAAUUGUUAUUUGUUCUUUUGAAUAUGCCAAAAAUGAACUAUACUUUGUAAACGAUAGAAGGAUAUACCUUGAAAGGAAUGUAAUAAACUUUAGAAAUAAUAGGAUAUUAGCAUAUGCAGAUAACCAAUUUGAUUUAAAUGAAUUUUAUGAAUCAACUUUGAGUCUUGCAAGCCAACUUGGUGAUUGUUUUGAAGCUAACAAAGAAAUAGAACACCUUCGAAAUAUUAUAGAUUCACAUAUAAAGAAGCAUAUAGAAAGUAAUACAUCACUUGAUUUCAAAAAUGUAGAUAGUAAGACAAAAAAAAUAAUUAAUGAGCUUCGAAAAGAAUUAGAAGAAUUAAAAAAACAGAUUUCUGAUAAAACGAAUGGUGAAUUAGCAAUACAACCGAUAGAUGAUAAAAUAAUAAUAAAAAAAGAUGAAAAUAGUUCUGUAUCAGAACAUGAAGACUUUAAACAAUUGGAAAAUAAUGAAAAUAAUAAAAAUAAUAAAAUUGAAUCAAGUAAUUGUCAUAUGAAAUCAAAAUUGACUAAAAAAAAUAUAAAAGAAGGAAUCAAAUUUAUCCUGUCGGCGUUGGCAUUUUUAGCAGCUGUUUCUUCGAUGCCACUAAUAUCGUUUGCGUGUUUAAUGAUACUACCCAUAUUGCCUGGAUUUUUCAUAUGCUAUUUCCUUUGGAGACUUAUUAAAUAUUCCACUAAAUUAAGAAAAAUAUCAAAAUAA